AUGCUGAGCUCAUUGGAUCGCCUUAGGCAGGAAGAGCAAUCUGUUGAUGAGCGCUCCCCAUUAUUGGUGACCAGACAAUCUUCAAGCCAUGACACAAUAAUAGACAAUGAACCCAGCACUAAUGAUGAUGAUGAUGAUGAUGGCGAGCAGAUAAUAACCCAGGAGGGAAAGAUCAAUCAUGAUAUAGUGCUACGAAAGCUCGUGGGAUACAGUAUUAUUGCGAUUUUGUUUUGCUUGGCAUUCAACUUGACAUUUCUUCCCAGAACUUCGUUAUCUAGAGACUUAAAACGGAUACACUUUGACAAGAUUGUGAAAUCCGAUUUGAAACGAAUUUAUUUGAACUCUUUCACCCAAGAAGACUCUCACCUACGUAAAGAAAUGUCGAGGAAGCUCGCGGGAAUCAAUGGGAAUCAGAACGGAGAAAUGGUGGAGUUCGUGAUGGAGGAAUUGGUAAAGGCAGGUUAUAGUCGACAUCAAAUAUUAGUGGAUCGCUACAGCGUGAGGUUGGAUUAUCCAAUUAUAACUGAGGUGGAGUUAAUCGAUGAUGAGGGAGAAUCAUUAUACAAGGCAUCACGGCUACCGGAGGAAGUAACGCUCCAUGUGCCUGAUUCAGAAAAACAAUACAUUACGGGAAAGUUUGCCUUUGCGAAUUAUGGCACUUUUAAAGACUUUAAAAAUAUGAAUGAUGCAGGAAUAAAACUAUCAGGAUUAGUUGUGGUGAUGAGAAGCGGGGAAAUUCCUGAUGAUAUCAAACUAGCAAAUGCCGGCAGAGCAGGGGCAAUCGGAGCGGUAUUGUACAAUGAUUCAACAAAAACUGAAAAAGACAUCAUAACUAAUCCUAAUAAUGAGUUAGGAUUAUUUCCUGAUGACUUUGCAAGUUCAUCUUCUACUACAAGCUUCGAUUCUCGGGUUUAUGUGAUCCCUUCCAUUACUAUUAGUGCUUAUGAUGUUGAAAAGAUUUUACAAAAUGUCAAUGGUCAACAUCAACUAGGUUGGUCAACUGGUGAAUUGGACCAUUUCGAUUACUCCAGCGGUGUCUCGCCUUUCCAAAUGAACUUGAUAAGUAUCAAGAGCUCUACCAAUACUAAGCUAAAAAAUGUGAUUCUCAAAAUUCCGGGAAUAUACAAUGAUGAAAAAAUUUACGUGGGGACGAAAAUGCACUCAAUCACCGACUCCUCAGCAUCUUCCAUCGGCAUACUUCUAGAAAUCACCCAGAAGUUCUCCAAAUUAUUGAAAAUUGGUUGGAAACCAUUAAGGGAUAUCAAUAUGGUAUUUUGGGAUGAUGCUGAUGAUAAUACCAUCCACCCCACCGUUGGCUCGAAGGAAUUCGCAAAACGCCAUGCCAAAGAGAUUCAGAGCCAAGUGGUUAGCUAUUUGAACUUGGAGAAUAUUAAAGGUCCUGAUUUUUCGGUGGAAUCUAAUUGGUUAUUGAAUUCUAUGACCAGUCAUGCCGCCCAGCAAAUUUCAUACAAUAAUACUGCGUCACUUUGGGAUCAUUGGGACCUUGAAGAAAUCUCUCCGAUUAAAGAUGACCUGGAUUGCUCGAUAUUCCAAAACCUUUUAGGGAUACCGAGUGUCAAUUUGGGGUUUGGUAUAGGUAAUGUGAAUGAUGAUCUAGUCUUUGACAAUCAUCUUAAUGCUAAUUUUGAGCAGUACGGGUUAAUGAGCAAAUUUUUGGGAUUGCUAAUAUUGAAUAUUGAUGAGAGAGAUAUCAUGGGAUUUAAAUUUGAAGGAUUAGGAACCAACAUGAGAAAGAAUUUCAGAAAGUUAAUGAAAGAAUUCCACCCGAUUUUACAAUCUUGGAAAGAUAGAGAAAUUGAUGAAAAAUUAUGCGGCUCAAAAAAGUUGUACUCAAAUCAUUGGUACAACUUACCAAAUGCUUAUUAUUCGACUUUUGGCGAAUUAUUGAGGCUUGCAGGAGAGGCAAUAUUUGAAUUCCAAACUUUCAGCCGCGAUGCCGAUAUGGUGCUUGAAAAUCUACAAGAGCAGAUCACCGAUGAUUAUCCAUGGUUCAAGUUUUACAAAAAAUUGUCAUUAUUGUUCAAGAUCAAGAUCCAUAAUUCACGGUUGAAGAAAUUUGAUCAACAAUUUUUAGUGGACGAUCCAGUGUUAGCAACAAUUUACAAGGACCUUCACACCACAGAUCAGUUCAAGUACUUGGUGACCGGCCCAUUAAAUCAUAAUGAUCCUGUGGUAUUGCCAGGGUUGACCGAGGCGUUGAUGAACCAGGAGUUUGAGGCAGUGGUUAAGUGGUUGAUUAUUAUUAUGGACAGUUUAGAUAAAGCGAUGUAUAUGAUUUAG